AGUCAAACCAUGCCCAUUCAUGGGCACCAGGUGGGCAGGAGGUCCCUGAGAAAGCGGCAGUCCCUGCCCCGAUCAUUUUUCAGGUGGAGGUCGUCUUAGCAUCAAGGAGAUCAACCAUUCCUGGAGUCCAGGACACACCCAGCACAGCGGUCCAUCCAUGAAGCCCCACCCCUCCCCCUUCCCCAACUGAAGUGCAGUGAACUUAUGAAUGAGAUGGACAAUGGGACUGUGGGUCUGGCAGGAACUAGACCUAAUGCCCUGGAGUCCCUUUCCAUCCUUGCCUUCCUCACUGCUACCCUUGGCCAAAUUCCACACUGGCACCACAUCUGCCUCUGGCAGUUGCUUGAAUUUGGGCUCAGGCUCUCGUGCUUGGUUGUCUCAAGCCAAUAGAAGAGCUUGAGUGAGAGCCAGCCCCUGAUGUUGGUUUAUUGCUGGUUACAGUGCUUCAGGGAGUCUCUGUAGGAGGUGAUGAGCUUCCUCAGCCAGUAGGGUUGUUCAGUACCUUCCUGGGGCACUCUGGAUACUCUGAACUCCAUAGGCAGUUCUCCUGGACCAUCUCAGCUAUGGUCAAAAAGUAGGACAGAUUGUUACCCUCGGCCUGAACCAGCCAUGAUCUUUGGCAGUUCAGGAAUGGCACUCACUGUGCAAAGCACCUGCAGUAGUGGCUAUGCUUCCAGAUAGCGGGAAAACAGUUUUAGAGGGCUCUUGGGUGCCACUGUGCAAACAGUGCCCGGUCAUCAGCAGGCUCAUACAGACACAAACAACUUUGUCCUCCUCCCUUUGAGGAGUGACCCCACAUUCCAGCUUGCUGUCCAAGCUUGGUGUUGAAAUACUGGUUGCAGAAGUUUGACAAGCCUUCUGAGUUGGGUUAUAAGGGUUUUUUGUGUUGUGUGUUAUGCCUGCCUUGGGAGGGAAAGACUAAGUCUUUGCUUCUGUCUUGAUAUCUGCAUGAACAGAACUAUUCCACUGUGCUCUGGACUUGGUUUGAAGGAGUUGGGCUGGGUGCUGACCCUAGGCCUUUCCAGUUCAGAGAUGAAUGUUGCUCUGACACAGUGUUGGUCUGUGGGAGCAGAGCAAUGCUCUGAGAUGUGUUUAGCUCUUUCUCUGGAGCUCUGAUCUGUACUGUCAUGCUGGAGGCAUUAGGAGAAAUUUGGGUCAGUGAGAUCAGGUAAGAUCUAGCAAUGACCCACUUGACGUUGGUGCAUGUUGAGUUUGUUGUGGGUCACUGGGAGAAUGGUGUCAGGCUGAGGGUAGUGCGUGGUCAUCUGCAGCUGGAGUUGCAGGAUAGAAGGCCUGUGGGUUUUGAAUUUACAUGCUUUUACAUAAUGGCAGGACAUCUUGACCUUUUCAUUGGUGCCAUUUUUGUUCUUCUAUAGAGCAAAAUAAGCAGAACACAGAACUAGUUCUCCAUCUCAAAUGGAUGGCAGAGUCCAUGUGCAUUGUCUUGGUUCACUUGCAUGACCUAACUCUAGGUUUAACCAACCACCUACUCCAGUGUAUGUUUUAAUGCUUCCUUUAUGAUCUGUGAGAUUUUGCUGCCUCCUCAGCAGCUGGAAAUCCUGCUCCUGAGCAGGGGGCUUGAGGCCAGGAUUUUGGAUUUGGCUUGAAAGGACUUUCAGCUUUUGGUACUUGGGCCAGACAAUUGUGGGCUGACACAGCUUGUUAUCUUCUAAAGCAGGAUUAGCCACAGUGGGGAAGGCUUGGCAAGCCCGAGAUGAUCUUUGUAGGUUUACAGUACCAGCUGUCCUUCUUCAGUAUUUGAUGCAGGUUGUUAGUCUGAUUUACACCUAUCCCUCCCUGCCUUCCUUGGGGUUUUGCUUCUGAUCCAGUGUUCUUCUGUGACAGAAGCCGCUUGGCCAUGCAAGCUGGUGGGUUCCCAACAAACCUUCCCCGUGGCUGAAGCCUUGGGCUCCUACAGCAGCUCAGAGGUGUGUGCCCAUGAUAUCAAAGCUCAGGACCAUAGCAAACCUCUGCCAUUAUAGUUGCCUAUGAGCAGGAUGGAAUUCUGCAGCAUGCAUUUCUCCAUGGCAUGGAGAAAUUAGGGAUAUAUUAGGGUAGGGGAAGGCUGGGGAAACCACAGUGAAUUCUGGUGGCUCCUGGGAGAAGCUACAAAGAUGUGAAACAGCACAGUCCUACCAUGGUGGGCUUAGAGCUGGCCAGAAGCUGGUAAGUGUUUUCCAUGGAUGAUUUUUAAAGGAAAAGUCCUUUCAGCAUUUUUUUUAAUUUAUGUUCCAUCUCUUUUUUUUUUCCUUCUAGAAAGCCUCAGAACUAACUGUCCUUUACACACAAUCUCUUCUGCCUUUUGUUUGUUUGUUUGUGCAUGUGUUAAAUGACAGAAUGUCAUUGGCGGAUGAACAUUUCAGGCUGAGAACAGGCUGAGAGAUGUUCAGGGAAAAGAAUUUUGCCUGCCUUUGGACUGGGUGGGUGGGAAAUGACCACUAGCACUUUUAUCUUUUAACCUGUCCAGUCCAAACAAACAUAAAGCUCCUGUGCGCUUGUGUGUUGCAAUCUUUCAGAGGUACAGCAGACUGGUUUGGGGUGAGCAAAGACAGUGACGCUACUCAGAAAUGGCAGAGAAAGAGCCUCCGCCACUGCAGCCUGCGGUAUGGGAAGCUGAAACCUCAGGUCAUCCGGGAAAUGGACUUGCCAAGCCAGGACAAUAUUUCUCUAACCAGCACAGAGACGCCCCCUCCACUCUAUGUUGGGCCCUGCCAGCUAGGUAUGCAAAAGAUCAUAGACCCCUUGGCCCGUGGCCGAGCUUUCCGCAUGGCCGAUGACAACGACGGCUGCAGCAUGCCACACACACCAAUCACACCAGGUGCCGCAUCGCUCUGCUCCUUCACCAGUUCGCGCUCGGGGUUCAAUCGCCUCCCGCGACGGCGGAAACGGGAGUCUGUUGCCAAAAUGAGUUUCCGAGCAGCUGCAGCUUUGGUAAAGGGUCGCUCUGUGAAGGACAGCACCCUGAGAAGGGCUCAGCGACGCAGCUUUACCCCAGCAAGUUUCCUGGAGGAGGAUACAGUGGAUUUUCCAGAUGAGCUUGACACUUCUUUCUUUGCUCGGGAAGGAGUCCUCCAUGAGGAGCUCUCUACUUACCCCGAUGAAGUGUUUGAGUCACCAUCGGAAGCUGCAAUCAAAGAUACUGAGAUGAAACCUCCAGAUCAGAUGGAUCUCACAGGAGGUGCCUUGGACAAAAAUGAGCUUGAGAGAAGCCAUUUGCUACUCCCACUGGAGCGAGGCUGGAGGAAGCAAAAGGACGGCGCCCUGACACAGCCCAAAGUCCGCUUGCGGCAGGAGGUGGUGAGUGUGAGCCCACAGAAGCGUGGCCAGCGCAUCGCCGUCCCUGUCAGGAAGCUCUUUGCCAAGGAGAAGAGACCGUACGGGCUGGGAAUGGUGGGGAAGCUGACAAAUCGCACCUACCGCAAGCGCAUAGACAGCUACGUGAAGCGGCAGAUCGAGGACAUGGACGAUCACAGGCCUUUCUUCACGUACUGGGUGACCUUUGUGCAUUCGCUUAUCACCAUCCUUGCUGUGUGCAUCUACGGCAUUGCCCCCGUGGGGUUCUCACAACAUGAGACUGUCGAUUCAGUCUUACGAAACCGCGGAGUUUAUGAAAAUGUCAAAUACGUCCAGCAAGAAAACUUCUGGAUUGGCCCCAGCUCGGAGGCCCUGAUCCACCUGGGGGCCAAGUUCUCACCGUGCAUGAGGCAGGACCAGCAAGUGCACAGCUUUAUCAGCGCCAAGCGGGAGAAGGAGAAGCACUCGGCUUGCUGCGUGCGCAACGACAAGUCAGGCUGUGUGCAGACCUCGGAGGAAGAGUGUUCGUCCACCCUGGCUGUGUGGGUGAAGUGGCCCCACCACCCCAGCACGCCAACGCUGGCAGGAAGCAAGAGGCAGUUCGGGUCCGUUUGUCACCAGGAUCCCAGGGUGUGUGAGCAGCCAGCCUCGACAGAGCCUCACGAGUGGCCGGACGACAUCACCAAAUGGCCGAUCUGCACGAAGAACAGUGCUGGGAAUUACACCAACCACCUUCACAUGGACUGCGUGAUCACAGGCCGGCCCUGCUGCAUUGGGACCAAAGGAAGGUGUGAAAUAACCUCCCGGGAGUAUUGUGAAUUCAUGCGAGGCUACUUCCAUGAGGAAGCGACACUCUGCUCUCAGGUGCACUGCAUGGAUGAUGUCUGUGGACUCCUGCCUUUCCUAAAUCCAGAGGUCCCUGACCAAUUCUACCGUCUCUGGCUCUCACUUUUCCUUCACGCUGGGAUCCUGCACUGUCUGGUUUCAGUCUGUUUCCAAAUGACGAUCCUGCGGGACCUGGAGAAGCUGGCAGGAUGGCACCGCAUUUCUAUCAUCUACCUGCUCAGUGGCAUUACUGGGAACCUUGCCAGUGCAAUAUUCCUACCCUACAGAGCAGAGGUUGGCCCUGCAGGAUCCCAGUUUGGGAUUCUGGCCUGUCUCUUUGUGGAGCUCUUCCAGAGUUGGCAAAUCCUGGCACGCCCGUGGAGGGCCUUCUUCAAGCUGCUGGCUGUGGUGCUUUUCCUUUUUGCCUUUGGCCUCCUGCCUUGGAUUGAUAAUUUUGCUCACAUUUCAGGAUUUAUCAGCGGCUUCUUCCUCUCUUUUGCCUUCCUGCCCUACAUUAGCUUUGGGAAGUUUGACUUAUAUAGGAAGCGAUGCCAAAUUAUAGUUUUCCAGCUCAUCUUCAUUGCACUCUUCUCAGGACUUGUGAUUCUGUUCUAUUUCUACCCCAUCAAGUGUGAGUGGUGCGAGUUCCUUACAUGUAUACCAUUCACAGACAAGUUCUGCGAGAAAUACGACCUGGAUGCACAGCUCCACUGAAAGGCAAAGACUGGCUUCUCGAGCAGGCACUGGAGAUGGCCCGUCUUUGCAUUUGCUGUGCCAGUUCCAUAUGGACAGAGCCUCUAAUCCAAAUGACACUUCUAACCCUGCCCAUGGUUAAUUUAAACUGUCUCCUUAGCACUUGGCAGGCAUGUUUUUGCCUUAUCUCAGAAGACUCUGAAAACAGAAUGUUUGUGCCUUGUUCAAUUGUAUUGAACCUUUUCUGCUGCCAUUAUUUUUAUUACACUAGUUUCAAUACUACAUUUUUAACCAGAGUUGUUUACUACUGCUAAGGUGGUGAUUAAAUGGAAAGGUAGCGUUUUAGCUACUGUUAAUUAUUCUGCAUAGUCUGUGGCUACGUUUGUUACGUUAUCAUCUCAUCUAUGCUGUUUCAUGCACCUGUAGGCUAAGUCCUUUUCUAGCACCCAAGCAGAGCCAGACAUGGGUUUGCAGCUGGAAAUGAAGCAGCGGCCAUAACUGCGGGGUCUCUUUAAUCCCUGAAAACGGACACAGCGUACAGCUCCGAGGCAGACAUUUCAAACAGCAACUGCAAAAGCUGUGGCACGUGGGAGCUUCCCUUCAACUCUGAGCCUGUUUUGCUGUGAAAUGCUACAGCCUCUUCCUCCAGGAAGGUGCUGAAUCUGCCGACUGGUCUUGGUACAGCUGGAUUCUCUGCUUUCUCUGUUAAAGAAAGAAAAAAUUUGACAGGAACAACAGUUACUGCAUGCUGGGCUCUUGUAUUACUGCAGUACUAGUCUAGAGUGUCCAUGGGGAUCAGUCCCUGGUGGUCACAGGCGCCACCAGGCAGAUGGAGCUUCUCUGUCAGUGCAUACAUUUUCUGACGGUGGAUACUGUGAAAAUGGCAGCAUCGAAAGAGGAAAAAAAGUCACUGUUGUUGCAAAAUGACAUUUUCUAACCCAGACAGCUGGAGUUACAAAACAAAAUGAGCAAACAGACAGUUGGAAAAGCUGGUAUUACCACUGCUUUUCAGAGUUUUAGAUGUUUUUUUAGAUGGGAGGGGGAAAGAGGGGAGAUGGCACAAUUUUAAACUUACUAAGCUUGAGAAUCUUGACCACACCACGCAUUUGUAUGUGUACGUAAUUUUUUUUCUUAAUGACAGUGAUGCUAGAAUUAUGAUAACCAUAUGGGUUACAUGCAAGUAAAUAUAUAGUCCUUCCUGUGCUGGAAGCACUUAAAUGCAUCGUUUGCACAAAAAUGCCAAGAACAAAAGUUGCCUAGCAGUAUGUGCUGUCUUCCCUGAACAGUGAAUCAGCUGAAUUCAAGUCUCCAUAAACCAGAGAAACUAAGAAAAUACAGCACAGGGUCAAGGCCUCCCUCUAUGAACAGCAGAGAACAGGCUAUGUUUGCUGUUGCAUUUACUUCUGUGCACCCACUGGACACUUCUGUUAAUUGCGGGUGCUCUGCAUAGUACAGGAGGGAGGUAGGAGCAGGGACAGAGAACAGUUGCUUUGCUCUGUCUGGAGAUAGGCUGAGACACAAAGAAGGAUCAAAUGAACUGGGUGAUGGCAAUCACCUGUAGGCACAAAGAGACUUCUUUCUUCCUACGGCUGAGUUAGCAGCUUGCUACAUUCCUGACAGCGAGCGUCAGAGAUGAUGAAGCCUAAAACAAAGCAACAUCCUAGAAGCAGUUGUAAGGGCAAAUAAAGGAACACUGCACUCAGUGAGGCUCAGGACGUGGUGGGAGCAGUCGGAGUCCAAAUGUAAAACAAACAAGGUUAGAGAUAAGCCAUUGCCAGCACUAAGACGCACCAUUUCAGAAGCAGCAGCACUGUUAAGACGACACUGUGUUAGCAUCCAUGGGCUUUUGGCUACAAAACCAAAAUGUGGAAAUGGACUGGAGUGUGAGCCUAACACAGACAUGGACAUUAAGGAAUGCUCUGCUGAGCAGUGAAGAGCAGCAACACCAGUCACUAUAAACACUUGCCCUAAAGCCUUGGGAAAACAAAUAUGAUCUGGUAGUUCUUAAAAGAUUUUUCAGGACUUACCUGACAAGUUACUUUCGAAGUUUCUUGAUGAAGCUGACCUCAUCACGGUUUCUAAUGCCAUACCUAAACAGAGAAUUACACCGUUACAUGCUAAUUCCCAGAAAGCGCCGCCUUUGACUGAUACCCUGUCAGACUCCUCCUUCCCCUGGGGAGAUGGACUCAUACUUUUAGGUGCUGUGCUCCAAUGCAGGACAAAAUAAAAUUCUCACUUGCACGAGUAGAACAUCCUGCCAGCACUCCAGAAUGUGAUCAUCUGCCUUUUGAACUGCAACACAGCCCAAGCAUGCCCCGGAUCGAUCUUUCAAGGCGAACUUUCCCUAGGUAGAGCUGUCUUUUUAGGGAUUUUUUUGCUGCUUUUGCUAAAUCUGUUGUUAAUAAUACUUGAGACAAUGGCAGGGUGGGGGGGUUGGACCAGAUGAUCUCCAGAGGUCCCUGCCACUGGCAACACAUUCUGUCAUUCCAUGACUCCAAACACUCCAUCCGAUUUCUUCCUUUAGACCCCGCUGGAUGCCCCCCACCACACAAUGUAACCUGGCCUCAUUCUCCUCUUGGUAGCUGCUCUCCACGUGCUUCUGUUAAUAUACUCACACACACACACAGCAGUUCCCCCGGAUAUGAACUAAUGCAGCCCUCGGAACUAAUGCAUGUCAUGUGCGUGACACCAUCCCUUGCCUUGCCGCUCAGACAUGGGGGGUUUUUUUGGUGCUAAUCUGGCCUCUGCAGGGUACCUACGGUGUGAACUGAGCAAGCAUGACCCACUCUGCCUUAGUUUUGGUGUGGACACCCAGGGGGUGAUACACAGGGCCCAGGUGUGGUUUGUGGAUGGACAUGCUCAGCACGGGACAGUCGUGGUUGGUGAACUUCCCAAGGGCUUCCCUCUGCUGCAAAAGGCCUCUCGGUCUGGCAAACCUAACGGAGCCGGGGCACGGAUUAAUCCCUGCCCGUGCGCAGGCUGUACGGCCGGCCCGACUGCGGCGCGUCCUCUCCCUCCCCGCGGACUCGCGCCUGCCAGGAGACACUUGCCCACUCACUCUCUCAGCUUCUUUCUGUCAUCUGCCAGCUUCUCUCCGGCGUAGGUUAGGUGGUAGGUCCUC